GUUCACACACAUGCGCAGUGUGGAGAACACACAGUCAAGCAAUAGGGCAGUAUGAAGUUCUCGGCUGUCUGUACGUUAUGGGGCUGCUUACUACUAUACAGCCUGUGGAAUGUGCGAGCAGAAGAGCUUCGGCACCCACCUAGUAGGAUAGCAAUUGUUGGUGCAGGAAUUGGAGGGUCGUCGGCAGCAUAUUUCAUGCGCCAGAAAUAUGGAAAACAUGUCCAGAUCGACCUGUUUGAGAAGGAAGAGGUGGGAGGUCGCUUGGCAACGGUGGAAAUAGAAGGUUCCCAGUAUGAGGCUGGAGGAUCAGUUAUACACCCUUUAAAUCUACACAUGAAAACAUUUGUUAAGGAGCUGGGCUUGUCCAGUCGAUCAGGAUCUGGAAACUUGAUUGGAAUUUACAAUGGGAAGGAGUUUAUUUUUGAAGAGAGUGGAUGGUUUUUGAUUAAUGGAUUCAAGAUGCUUUGGCAAUAUGGCCUGAACUUCCUGCGUAUGCACAUGUGGGUGGAAGACAUGAUGGAUAAAUUCAUGAGGAUUUAUCGCUACCAGUCUUUUGAUUACUCAUUCUCCAGCACAGAAUCUUUACUUCAUGCUGCUGGGGGCAAUGACUUCAUUGAGAGGCUUAACAUGACUAUUGAUGAGAGCUUGCAGAAAUCUGGCUUUUCUCAGAGGUUUAUCGAUGAUAUAGUGAAUCCAGCAAUGAGAGUAAACUAUUUACAGGAUGUAAAAAUCAAUGGCUUUGUUGGAGCAGUGUCUCUGGCUGGUACAGACUCAGGGCUUUGGUCAGUGGAAGGUGGGAACAAGCUUGUGUGCUCUGGUCUUAUUUAUGCCUCUAAGGCACAAUUAAUUCAGGGCACUGUCACCUCAGUGCAAGAAAGAACACGUCCAUUAAGAACAGGUGGAUCAGUGAAGCUAUACGAAGUAAGCUAUGAGACCUCGGAAGGUUCCCACUUGGACAUGUAUGAUAUAUUAGUGAUUGCAACUCCUCUCAACAAGGGCAUUUCCAACAUUAACUUCCUGGGUUUCAGCCCUCCCAUUGAGACUUUCUCCAAACGCUACCAACAAACAGUAGCCACGUUUGUACAUGGACGGAUCAAUGCCUCCUUCUUUGGGUGUCUGCUACCCUGCCAGUUUAAGCUAUCUGAAAUCUUGACAACAAAUGAUCCCAAAUUGUUCUUUAGCAGUAUUGGUGCUGUGAGUCCUGUGAAACCAUCUCAAACAGAGAAUACAAAACUCAAUGAUCUUAAAGUAUGGAAGGUUUUUUCGACUGAGCCACUAAGAGAAGAUCAGCUGCAUCUCCUUUUUGAAUCGUAUCAUGCAGUAAUUGUGAAAAAGUGGCUGGCUUAUCCUGUAUACAAUCCUCCAGAAAAACUACCUCCUGUUAUUCUCCAUGACAGAAUGUAUUACAUUAAUAGCAUAGAAUGGGCUGCAAGUGCCAUGGAAAUGAGUGCCAUCUCAGCCAAAAAUGUUGCCUUGCUUUCUCAUCAUCGCUGGUAUGGCAAGGAAGAACAGAUUGACCAGGAGAACUUAACUGAAAGGCUCAAAUCUGAGCUGUAAGUGGUUUUGAAUAUUACAAACUGAUUUCACUAGCCAUUAUUUGCAACACUUAUUAACACCAUAAUAAAGUUUGUGUGGGUCUUUA